GGGAUAAACAUUCUUAUACUUUAGUCCAUUCUAUAUAUAGUUUCUCAAACCCCUACCAAAAAACUUACAAGACAAUGAUGGCUUGUAAUGUUAAUGUUAUUCUUCAACAAGGAAAAUUUGCUACAUCAAGCAGAAAGUGGCAAAGCUUCCCGCCUCAUUGUUAUAAAGCCAAUAUUAUUUCUUCUAUAGCUAUUGGCCCAAGUCGACUUCCACUGUCACCAUCGAAGCUAGUUUUCCAUGAAAAAGAGAGACCAAUUUUGAGCAAUGAAAAAUUUGGGAUUUAUGGUGGAAAGUUCGUCCCUGAGACUCUAAUAUCUUCUUUAACAAAACUUGAUUACGAAUUCAAUUUUGCUUUGCAUGAUCCUCAAUUUCAGAUGGAGCUUGGAGUGGCAUUAAGGGACUGCGUAGGUUGUGAAACUCCUUUAUACUUCGCCCAAAGACUCACAGAUCACUACAAGAACAAUAAUAGGGGGAUAGGACCAGACAUAUAUCUAAAAAGAGAGGACCUCAACCAUGGUGGUGCACACAAGAUCAACAAUGCUUUUGCACAAGCGAUGCUGGCUAAGCCUAUGGACUGUAAAAACAUUGUGGCGGCCACCGGUGCUGGACAACACGGUGUCGCCACGGCGGCUGCUUGUCCUAAACUUUCUUUGGAUUGCACAACAUUCAUUGGAAGCUUAGAUAUGGAGAGACAACCUUCCAACGUACUUUUGAUGAAGCAUCUUGGUGCAAAGGUCAAAUCUGUUAAAGGAAGCUUCAAGGAUGCAGUUUCAGAAGGCAUUAGAUAUUGGGUUAACAAUUUGGACAUCACCUAUCUCCUAGCGGAUGCAGCCGUAGGACCUCACCCUUGUCCCACUAUGGUUCGUGAAUUCCAAUCAGUGAUUGGAAAAGAGACGAGAAAACAAGCUAUGGAGAAGUUGGGUGGGAAACCAGAUGUGUUGGUGGCUUGUGUAGGGAGUGGCUCUAAUGCAUUGGGUUUGUUUCAUGAAUUUAUACAAGAUGAAGAUGUGAGACUCAUAGGAGUUGAGGCUGGUGGGACUGGCCUUGAUUCAGAUAAACAGUCGGCAACUAUGGCUAGAGGUCAAGUGGGAGUCUACCAUGGUGCCAUGAGCUAUCCAUUACAAGACGAUGAAGGCCAGAUUAUUGGACCACACUCCAUAGGUGUGGGAUUAGAGUACCCAGGUGUUAGCCCAGAGCUUAGCUUUCUGAAAGACAUUGGACGUGCAGAGUUUUCUACCGUCAAUGACGAACAAACCUUAGAAGCAUAUAAACGACUAUGCAAACUAGAAGGGAUAAUCUCAGCCUUAGAAGCUUCUCAUGCGCUUGCAUUUCUCGACAAACUCUGCUCUACUUUAAAAGAUGGUGAAAAAGUGGUUGUAAAUUUAAGUGGUCGUGGAGAUAAGGAUGCUGCUACCGUCUUCAAUCAUACAUCAAAACAUUAGUGAAAGACCUUGUAAAUAAACCCAGAUAUACCAUACCAACAAGCUUACAGCUAGCUGAAGUGGACAAGAGGAUCAUCACUACAUAGGUAGGGAACACAAUCAAGCCUUAUCUUAUUUCCUUUUUCUCCUUUAUAUUAAAAUAUAUUUAGAAAAUAUUUAAUUAUACAGUAAUAUUUUAAUUUAGGAUCUACAGUCAUUGUAGACUAUUUAUUAAUUUUCUUUUAGUGAAGGAAUAUUUUAGAAUAUUUACUUUCCUUUUAGAUUAGGAUUAAGGGAAAUAUCAUGUUUUCAUUUAUAUUACUCUCUUUAGUUCCUUAUAAAUGGCAUUGUAAUCUU